AUGCCUUCUUCUCUUACCGGCUGGACCGCCUAUGAAUACUACCCCUCACUGGGCGCCGCAGCAGUAUUCAUAGUCUGCUUUGCAAUUAUCACUUUGAUGCACACAUUUCAUAUGUUCCGCACGAGAACAUGGUUCUUCAUCCCGCUCGUGAUCGGCGGAUACUUUGAGUUAGUUGGAUAUAUCGGCCGCGCCAUGUCAGCUAAACAAUCUCCCGAUUGGACUAUUGGACCCUAUGUCAUGCAGAGCACAUUGCUGCUUAUUGCCCCGGCGCUGUUCGCAGCGAGUAUCUACAUGGAACUGGGUCGGAUUAUCGUUAUGGUCAAGGGAGAGCAGUUUUCCCUGAUUCGGAUUGGCUGGAUGACCAAGAUAUUCGUCGCGGGUGAUGUGUUGAGUUUCUUAAUGCAAGCUUCUGGUGCUGGAAUAAUGGUUACUGGCUCCAACUCCACCGACCCGUCAUCCUCCGUGAGUACUGGCCAGAAUGUUAUCAUCGGCGGCCUCAUAGUGCAAAUCGUCUUCUUCGGCUUCUUCUUGAUUAGUGCGCUCAUCUUCCAGCGGCGCAUUGGCUCUCACUCCGCUGCUCAUGCGGUGGCAGACCAGUACCCAUGGCGCAAGCAUAUGUGGGCGUUGUACUCGUCCAGUAUCCUUAUUCUCAUUCGGUCAGUCAUUCGUGUUGUGGAGUAUGUCCAGGGCACGCAUGGUUAUCUCAUGGAGCAUGAGGUUUUCAUUUAUGUCUUUGAUGGAUUGUUGAUGUUUGCGAUGAUGGUCAUUUUCGUGAUCAUUCACCCUAGCGAGGUGAAUUAUCUUCUUGGUAGAGGAAAAGUCGUAACGGCUAUGGGUGGAUUGAAGGUCAUGGAGGGCUCGAGCGCGGUUUAG